AUCUCUCAUCGUUCAUAACGAAGCUCUUCUUACAUGCGGGUGGUGUGGUUGCCUGUAGUCCAAUACAACUUUGACGUAGUAGCCUACGAGUUGUCAAAAGAAACUGUGCCUGCAAGUGCACCAGGUCAUGAAGUCCCAGCACUAAGACGGAGCAGGCGGUGUAAGGCUACAGGAUGGACGGUGGAAUGGAUAUACACGAGGAGGACGCUGAGGCGUCGUGGGGGCUGCUCUCAUGGCUGGCCUCCAGCGUGAUGGUGUUUGGUGGCGCCGUGCCCUACGUGCCCCAGUAUCAGGAGAUCCAGCAGAGCGGCAACACAGAGGGCUUCUCCACGCGUGUCUGCCUUGUGCUGCUCAUCGCCAACAUCCUGCGCAUCUUCUUCUGGAUAGGGAAGCAGUUUGAGCUGACCCUGCUCCUGCAGAGCCUGGUGAUGAUCCUGACCAUGCUUGCCAUGCUCUACCUCUGCUGUAGCAUCCAGGGCACCAACCGGGUCACCACCAAACAGCACCACAUCUCAGAUCUGGACCUGCGUUACUUCUGGAGCUGGACGAGCUUUGAAGACUACCUGAUCUUCUGCUUCGGUUUCACGCUGCUCUGUGCCCUCAUCACCUUCCUCUUCCUCGAUUCGGUUCUCUUCGUCGAGACGUUGGGCUCGCUGGCUGUCCUCUUCGAGGCCAUGCUCGGACUUCCCCAGCUGCUGCAGAACUUCCAGAACCGUUCCACGCGUGGAAUGAGUGUAAAAAUGGUGCUACUGUGGACGGCUGGUGACAUAUUCAAGACCACGUACUUUGUGGUGAACGAGAGUCCGGCUCAGUUCUGGGUGUGUGGCAGCGUGCAGAUCCUCAUCGACGUGGCCAUCCUGCUCCAGGUCUUCUACUACAGCCAGGACACCCGCAUCAAGCUGGGCUGACCCCUGCCCUCUCCCACGGCAGCUAUCCACAUGGCAACGCUGCCGUCGCUAGGUCACACACAAGCAAGGACUGUUGCCAAGUGCCUUUUAAAAACAUCUUUUUUUUCUUCCUUCUCUCUCUGUUUUUUAACUAGUCAUUUAUAUAUUUUAUGUAUGUGCUGUUAAUGUGUUACAUUUCAUUUUAGUGAUGUUUUUGUGUUGUUUUAAUGGUCUAUUAUUUAUUCUUCUGGUGUGAGCCACGGUUCUCCAUGCUGGUUAGUUACUUAAAAAUGUCAACUACUGACAGCCAUUGGCAGCUUCCACGGGUCUGAAUGCUUCCUGAGUGCGUUGAUGGAUGGCUUCACAGCGUGGGCAUGAGAUGCCUCGGUGGCUGGCAGGAGGCAGUGGUAUCUGUCAGAACCAGAGCCGAGCCUUACUGGCACCAGGUCGGGCAGCGCAGUGCCAAAUGCCCUUCUCUCUCUCUCUCUCGCUCUCUCUCUCUCUCUCUCUCUCUCUCUCUCUCUCUCUCUCUCUCUUCUGCUCUCUCUCUCUCUCUCUUCACCCAAACAAUGCCCGUGCCCACCUCUGCUCACCGAAAAAAGCCCGGGUGCCAACAUAGGGCCCCAGAGCCGCCAAUGCUGUGCCUUACUAGUGCCAAAGAGCUUUCUCACACCCACGGCCUUAUGCUGGCCUUCAUCAGCAGCAGGACUGAAUGCUCCUCCCGUGCCUUCAACCAAAAACCAAAGCCAAAGGAAGGCAACCAUCACACCUCAGGGUAUUACGGACAUAAUGUGUUUCCAUAGCUUCAAAUCAGCUGUGCAUGUUCAUGGCAUGUACCUCUCUCUAUUUCUCUCUCACCCUCUCUUUCUCUCUCUCUCUCUCUCUCACUAUCCCAUAAGCUGUGAUGGAAGUGGUUAUGCACUGCUAAGCACCAGGGAGAAAAUUGACAGACUUUGAAAUGAAAGAGUGAUGGGCCAUAACACACAUGAACACACACACACACACACACGUGCGGACACACAUAAAGACUCCAUCACCGGUCAGUUUUAGUGCACUGCAUCUUAGUACUCAGGCGGCCAUUAGAGAGGACUCUGUGCUGUUUUGCUGCACAGAGAGUCAGGUCAUUAAAUGGUGCUCCCACUAUUACAGUGUGUCCGGUCCGCAUAGGUGGGAAAAAAAAGCAGCUGUCCAUUACGCCUCCAUCUCUCCCUUGCCUUGUCCUGCUGUUUUAGAAAGCACCACCUCCCUCUUCUCUCGCCCGGCCAGUGCGGGCUGACAACACCAUCUGCCCUCGUUGAAGAAAUUGCUCUGAAUUAAAAGGAGGCAUGGAAAGGGCUAUUACUGUUUCAGGUGUGUGUGUGUGUGUGCGUGUGUGUGUGUGUGUGUGUGUGUGUGUGUGUGUGUGUGUGUGUGUGUGUGAGAGAGAGAGUGUGUGUGAGUGUGUGUAUGUAGGGGGUUGUGUUGACUCUGUAGGCACAGCAGCACAAAUGUGUGUGUGUGUGUGUGUGUGUGUGUGUGUGUGUGUGUGUGUGUGUAUGCAGAGGGUUGUGUUGGCUCUGUAGGCACCGGAGUGUGUGUGUGUGUGUGUGUGUGUAGGGGAUUGUGUUGCCUCUGUAGGAUAGUUGGCUCUGUAGUGUAUUGGAUGGUUGAUCCAGCCUAAUUGGUGGGUCUGAGAGUGGUUAGUUUUAUGGGCAUCAGUGUCACGCCUUCAUUCAGUGUGUAGGGCAUCGGCCAACAACUCUGUGAUUGGUGCUUUCACACACACACACACACACACACACACACACACAUGCAGUCAUUCUCCAGGAGUCUCAGGUUCACCCUCUGUCUGGUUUGACCUGACAGGAGACUGAAGUGGGUCAGGGCCGGAUGGGGACGGCGUGUGGUUCUCAGGUGCCAGGGACGCAGCGUGACACCACUCUGGACGGCCUAAUAACAGGAUACGGGCAGUCAGAUGGGUAGGCUUGUGCUGCAUCUGAGGGCAAGCCUUCCUUCAGAAACACACACAAUAAAAUAAAGACACAUUUUAGGACACAAACACAAUCAUAUGCACAUACUAGCUUCACGAAGGCCAGGUGACUGACAGCUUAUCUGGAGAGAACAAAAUUUCAAUCGUAUGGACUUAAGACCACAAAAAAGAUAGAUGCUGGAUGUAACCAUAACAACAGAUAUUUGCUAUUUUAGUUUUUCUCAGCAAACACAGAAUGGUCAUUUUUUUCAAGUAUUAAACAAUCCGCAGAUGACAGACUGUGUUCAUCAAGUAGCAUAUUUUUAAACCGCCAUCUGGUAAAGUCUGAGAACACUAUGGGCGCUAAUUUGAAUCUACUACGCACACUACAUACGACUAUCGUGCUGUGGAAACUGAAAUGAGACUAGAUGUGAUACCCAUAUUGGCUUAUGUUAUUGACACAUUGCACAGCACCAUGUAACAGAGAUCAGUUGAGUAAUGUGCAGCAUUUUAUCUAACAUCUAGAAAAACAUGUCAGAUUGACAGAGAUCAGUUGAGUAAUGUGUAGCAUUGUAUCUAACAUCUAGAAAAACAUGUCAGAUUGACUGUAAAUGAGAGCUUGUCGUUUAGGAUUUUUUAGAAGCAUAAUCGAAACAGUGUCACUUAAAUUUUGUUGCGUGGUUUUUUAAAACAAGUAAAAGUUUCCCAGUUCUACAAAUUAGCAUUAGUUUGUGUGGGUCAGUAUUAACGCAUUACAUAGCAAGUUAGGUGUCACACAAAUGAGUGCCUUAUGUUUUAGGAACUGCAUACUAUGCUACAUACUACUGCACAUUAGUAGCUGAGCACGUUGUCUCGGGGCCCCAGCUGAGAGACUUGCAGUUUGCAGGGUUUUAUUAUUAUGUGUUCCACCAGCCGUUAGCUGAGUCUCGGGCUGAAAUGUUUACAGGACAAUGCCACAGCAGAGAGCAGCUUAUGAACCCAAGGUCACUUAUACAGUUUUUUAUUUUCUUAUCAGAAAAUGGAUCCUUUGUGCUGUAUCUUUAUAUGUAUAUGUCUCUCUCUCUCUCUCUCUCUCUCUCUCUCUCUGUCUGUCUCUAUAUGUUGCAGAAAUAUCCAGGAGCUGUGUUGAGUGGCUAGUAUGAUGUAGGUUAACUUCAUAGUAUACCUUUUCUCCCUCCAGGUCUUUCAUGUCCUCUGUCACUAUUGUGUGUGUGUGUGUGUGUGUGUACAGUAUGUGCAUGUGUGUGUGUGUGUGUGUGUACUUCAGCAUACCUGUUUCCCGCAGACAGCACCAUAUGUCUGUGAAGUGUAAUGUGUUUGGCAGUGUUUAGAUGUUCAGCCUUGGGAAUCUCUUAGGAUGCCUUCCUCUCUCUAAACAGCCUGUAGGUCAAAUAUAUAGAUUUCAGUUCCAGUGCAACUAUUGUGAAGGAGGUCAAUAAAGCAACCGAUUCUAGUCCCA